AAGGUGGCAACGGUCGUCAGGGCUCCUGGGAAGUGCGAGGCCCGUUGGCGGCCAACGCCUCCCCAGCAUCCCAGGGAGACGGGCCUGUGUCAAUCCAGGGCGGAAAACAUGGAAGAGGCCCAGGAGAAGGAUGAGACUCAGGAACCAUCGGAGGAGAGAGCCGGGGGGAGCUCCCAGAACGAGGCAGGAGGGACAUCAGUAUCCCAAGACCCCGCUGGACCAGUCCCUCCUCAACCUUCUCCUCCUCCUCCUCCAGGCCCCGGGCCUCUGAGGCCCAGCGACAUGGCGGCGGGCCGGGGAAAGGCCCACGCCGUGCCCAGCGAGACCAAAGAGGCGCCGGCCGGCGGAGACCUCGUCGACGGACGCCCGGGAUCCGCCGACAGACAGCCCCAGUGGGAAGGGAUGCCCCUGGACAAUGGGGAGGAAGACAGAGAGAUCAAGCCUCCCUCCCCGAACUGGAGGCGGUACCAGAGAAGGGCUUCCGUUCAGGCCGAAGCCAUUAACCCGGGAGAAGGGUCGUCCAUCUCCAGCCUGGUGGGCGUCAGGUGGGCCCAGCAUCCCAAAUCCGCCGAGCUGAUGAAGAGGCUGAGGGAAACCUGCGAAGCCCUCCUCCCCUUCAGGGAGCUCGAAGAGGAGCUGCUGACUCAAAUCUUCAGUGCCAUGAUCGAGAGGAAAGUGGAAGCUCAGGAACACGUGGUGGAACAGGGAGAGGACGGGGACCACUUCUACGCCAUCGAAAGCGGGACGUACGACAUUCUGGUUGCGAGGAACAAGCAGGACUGCCGCAUCGGCCGCUACAAAGACCACGGCGCUUUUGGAGAGUUGGCUUUGAUGUACUCUUACCCUCGGCCGGCCACCAUCGUGGCCGUGACGGCAGGAGUCCUCUGGGGUCUGGACCGCAAGACUUUCCGGACCAUCACGGUGACGUAUAAGGCGGAAAGGCGGAAGAAGUUCGAAUCGCUCAUAAGCUCUGUGCCCUUUUUCAGGACUCUAGAGAAGUCAGAGAAGAUGAAGCUCCUUGAUAUGAUUGAGAGUAAGACCUAUCGGCACGGCGAUUGCAUUUUUGCCCAAGGGGAAACGGCGGACAAGUUCUACAUCGUCGAGUCUGGGGAAGUCAAGAUGCUGACCGAAAUGCCCACCAGCAAGGAAGUGGGUUCUGUGAGGCUUAAUCCAGGACAGUAUUUCGGAGAAGGUGCUCUGGUCGGCAACAACCCGAGAACCUCCUCUGCCUAUGCUGUCGGGGAUGCCAAAUGCAUAGUUAUGAACGUGGAGGCCCUCGAGAGACUUCUUGGGCCGUGUCUGGACAUACUGAAGAGAGACGUGUCCCAGUUCAAGGAGUUGAUAAACCUGCACGACUCCGGCAUGGAUCCGAGUGAGGAACACAAGGAAACGAACAGCACAUAGGCUUCUGAAGAAAUGGGAAAACCUGCUGACAUUAACAUCCCACUUGAAAGAAGUGGAUAGGGAAGGAGUUCAACCCUUUAAUUUCAUCUGUUAAGAAUGGGGACUUGUUUUCAGCUGGCUUCCACCUGGAAGCCAAUGACGUAGUUUUUCCAAGGCAAGUCUCAGUGGCUCUGAGUUGCUUAAAUGAAAGGAUCCCAACAUAUUUAGGUAGAUUUCCCUCCCUCCCACCGCUUUUUAUCUUUUGCUGUCUCUUGAACCUCUGCCCCUCAGCAGAAUUUGAAGACCGGUUAGUUCCCGGUAAUGACGCUGUCAGGCAUCUUUCUUCAGAGCUUUUCCUCCCUCCUUGCUUGGCUUCUCCAGACAUAGAAAGAUUUCCUUUUGUUAUUCCAGCCUUCUGGGACUCCUUUGCUUUAGCCACUUGUGCAUUUACUCCUCCAUUCCACCCCCCCCCCCCCAACCCCGACAACAUCAUCUUUCAGUGAGCUGAACUAGCCAUCGGUAGAUGCAGACUCAUUUUCAGUACUCUGACUUCUUGCCAUUUAGUUUUCCUACCCUGACUCUUCCAACCCAGCCUGGCUCUGCACAAAGAAAUCACUGCUGGGUUUCUGGGGCACACUUAACAGUGCCUGUCCCAGCUCAUUGGUGACCAAGCAGAAGGGCACCCCAAAUGUUCCAGACCAAAAUCCCCAUAAUAGUUCCAUAAGCCCCAAAGAGAUAAAGGUCAUCUCUCUCCACCUAUUGUUCUUUAGGUCUCUGUUUUGAGCUUAUUGAACAGUUCAUUUUCAAUGUACUCGGCCAACUAAUUCUGCUUACUUUAUGGUGUUGCUGAAAGUCUUGGAAUGUUUGUCAACUGCCACUAUUGAAAGCAACCUAUUAAAAUACAGAUCUACCUAAAUAUUUUAAA